CACUAUCGGUUGAACUCGUUUCGUCCGUCCGUCUGUCUGUAGUACUGUACAGUAGAUAUGGAGGGCCAUGGGAGGCGGCGUUGCGAUUCCCACAAAGGGAGAGGGAGAGACAGAGAGAGGGCAGUCAGCUGAACCUGCUACAUAGACGAGCACAAUACAGUAUGUACAGUAUAUCUAUGUGGUUCAUGGAUGAGGGCAGCCGCGGCCGCUGCGUAACAGCGUUUGCUUCCAAAGACGCACGCUGAAAAAGGUCUCCAGCCUGCUCCAACCCUCCUUCGUCGUCCUUCGUCUGGCACCACCUACGCACCACAUUCCCACUCCCAUUACGAGCCAACAGCAACGAUGACCACCAGCUUCCUCAACGGCACCGCCGCCGGGCUCCACAUCCCGCACCCUUACUUCCCCCAGUCCCUCCACCUGCCUCACUACACCUCCCCCACAAUGACAAUGGCCACCAUCCUCACCUACUUCUUCAGCACCGUCGCCGUCAUCCUCGGCAUCUCCUAUGCCCUCAUUUCCUCCUCCCCCGGCAAAGGCACCUACGCCGCCACCGACAAGACCCGCACCCCGCGCUUCCUGUGGUUCGUCGUCUGCGGGUUCAUUCAUUUGUUUUUGGAGGGAUACUUUGCAUUCAACCACCGCACCAUUGCCGGACAGGACUUUGUCCUUGCCGAGCUGUGGAAGGAGUAUGCGUACAGUGACUCGAGGUACAUGAGCGCCGACUCGUUUGUUGUUAUCAUGGAGAGCGUUACCGGGUACAUCUGGGGCCCCCUCUCCUUCCUCUCCGCCUACCUAAUCUACAGCUCCUCCCCCGCCUCGCCCAUCCUCGAGUUCCUCGUCUCCACCGGUCAACUCUACGGCGACGUCCUCUACUACGCAACGACGCUCUUCGAGGGCGCCCCGCACUGCUCCACCAGCCCCUUCCACUUCUGGUUCUACUUUGUCUUCCUGAACGCCUUUUGGAUCGUCAUUCCGCUUUCUAUCAUGGCGUUGAGCGCUAAGCGGGUCACGAAUGCGGUGAGGCAGGUCGAGGGUGCCGGUGUUGCCGCGGGCAAGAGGAAAAAGGCUCUGUAGUAAUGCGUUUUAACCUUAAUCUUGUGAAGAUGGGCGCGGGAAGGCCUAUAGAAGCCGAA